CCUUCCCGCACAGUAGGUGGCAAAUGCGCAUUAAAUUAUGCAAUCGUCAAAAUACCAUAGACGAAGAAUAACUUCCUCUUACGUCAGACUAAUAUGUCGGCGUUCAGGAGAGUUUUUGUUUGUUUUGGUUUGAGCUAUGCCUCAAACCUGGGGAGACUCAGUCGGGCGUUGGUGCGCCGACAAGCCAUGAAAAUCCCCACGGUGAUCCGGAAGAACUGGAUAUCGCUGUCUGCUAUUGGUGGCCUAUGUGCAGUGCCCUUCUCACAGAAACAAGACAACCUAUCUCAUGAAGCCUUGGUCCGCAGGGCAUCCUCUUUGGUCACAGAUAGCACCAACACCUUCCUCUCUCAGACCACCCUGGCACUCGUAGACUCAUUCACACAGUACGUUAAGACUAUACAUACACUGGUGACCCUACACAAGAACUAUGUUGCCUCAGGCAGCAAGCUGACCCCUUCGGAGGAGGACUCUGUUUGGCAAGUGAUUGUUCGCCAGCGCCAGGAGGUGAGUGAUUUGAGGGAGGACUGUAAGAGGUUUGAGUCUAACUGGAUGAUGGCCAUCAACCUCUCUAAACUGGCAGCUGAAACGGCAUACAACGCGGGUGCUGACCAGGCGUCUGUGACAGCACAGACCAGCCUCCAGGUGGCGCAGUCUCAUGUCAAUCAGAUCAGACAGCUCUUUAUGGAGGCAGAGAAGAACCUAAAGGAGUCCAAAGCAGAGAACAGUCAAAGGAUCAAGCUACCUGCCGCCAUGGAGGAAGAAGACGUUCCUGAGGCAUAUCUGCGGGAGGACUAACUCUACUUUAUUACAUCCAUUCCCACAGCUUUGAACCAUUUACAGUCUUGUCCACCUGAUUCUGUUUGUAUGAUGUGACUACUAGGCCACAUGGACUGUACAUUGAUGCUGCCUGUAUGGCAGCCUAGUGGUGAUACGCCUCUUGAUGAAUGGAAUUUAGAGUGGAGGGGAUUUUCUUGUUAUGACCCGCUGAUCAGUUAUUGAUACGUUUUGACUCAAAUCAUGGGAACCAAUUUGUGGGUCCAAUACUUUGCAUUGAGUGUGGGAUAUAAGCUCUACAAAUUAAAUAUUGUCAUUUUGUUGCUAAUGUGAAUAUACUGCUGUUGUGUUUGUGUGCAUUUAAGCAGAGAAGUGCAAUUUGAGAUUACAUCUUUCACUGCAGUGUUUUUAGAUAAUGUAUUAAGUACUUUUAGUGCUGAAAAUACAAGUAUUGUUGUGACUCUAAAGGUAGCCAAAAGGUGACUUAAUUGUUUUUAUUGCUGUCUGAUCUUGUUUGUGUAUCUAUCAGUUAUGUCACUUUUAAAUGCAAGUAAAAAAGGUUGAUUUCUGAUUCUAUUGUUACUAGUAUGUAACAUGCCAAUAGCAGAGCGUUUGGUCUGGGCAGAAACGCUAGCAUUUCAUAUGCACUUUCUGCCUUAAGUUGACUUAACAUGAACUAGAGUCAAAUGUUGCCUUAAGUAUUAGUAUCUCAAGUCUGAACCGGGGUCCCAAAUGAGUAGCAGCAUGCUGUGUUCCCAGUGUCACCGCCUUUUUGAUUUAUUUAUGGCCAGCAGAUGUCGCUGUAGGUUCAUAUGUCUUUGCUGUGCAUCUCUCAACUCAAUCUACUCAUGCAUGAUGAGGUGCAAGCUUGGGAGGAAUAAAGAUACUCAAUGUGAGUGGAAAUUCA